GCCGCGGAAGACGAAUCAAACUGGACUCUUCGCGAUGUACAGAUGAUGGAUCUCCUCUUAUAAACUUUUCCAUCCGUUGAUAUGGUAAAUGUUCAGAUAAUUUCCCGUUGCACGAAACUCCAACCUGCCUGUUUCCAUCGGAGGCAGGUCCGCGCUGUUUUUUAGGUCCGCCCGUCUAUUCAGAUCCUCUGUCCUUUUUAUCUAUCUCCAAUUACAAUAAUUAAUUGCAAUUUAAAUAUCAGGGGAUUUUUCUUAUCAUGGAUUAAAAUUGUAUUGUUUCGCCGAAAAACGUCUCGGUUUUUCAAGCACGGCCGUGUAGAAUUGAUUUCCAGGGCCUCGAUAAACGUCAGAUUCGACAGUGCCGCGACGAAAUUAAAACUUUUUCACAAAUUCCGUCAAAUUUUCGGUAUCGACCGAUGUCCAGUUCGGCACCCCUUUUUCGUCGGCUGAAGUAGCUUUUUUUUCAAAAGCAGCUUUAGAAAAAAAGAAAAAAUGACGGAAGAAUUUUCAGGAAAAAGGGUUCGGACCACCACCGAUGCGAAACGCCGAUGAUACGAAGGGAAUAAUCACAAUAAUAGAAAAGUUCCAUUGACAACUGGUUUGUUUUGUACUGUUUUCGUCGUUUACAUCGCCAUCCUCAUAAUUUUCGACUAGCUCUCUUCCAUCGAUGACAAAUGACAGAAAGAAGUGAUGGACGUGGUCUUGGAGCUUUUCGAAUCACUCGAAUCCAACAAUCAGCAAGAUGCGGAAGAGGCGAAAAAAACGUUUCACGAUCUUUUCAAUUCAACCAAAGAAUCAUGGCUGGUCCAAGGAAUAGUUGAUUACUACAUAAGCUCCAGCUCAACAAGAUCUGUUGAUAUUCUGGUUAGCGUCAGGGAACCUCAUGACAGAUUCCUUUUUGACAGAAUUGCAGAUUCUUUGCGCACUCCGCUUAAACUUCAAGCAUUGACCCUUCUCGGGCAUAUUGUUAGGCGACACCCUACUUGGCUUUAUAAAAUUAUCCAUCACCCACUCAUGAGAGAUCUUCUUCGUUUAUUAAAGGUCGAGAAAGAAGUCCUGCCAUUAAUGAGCGCUCUUCUUAUUGUGAUUAUUCUUCUUCCCAUCAUCGCCGGUCUUUUUGCACCCCAUCUUCAAGAACUCUUUGAAGUUUUCAGUCAUUUAGCAGCAUGGAAUACAAACAAUCCAAACAAAGUACCUGAAGGUCAGCUGCUCCAUCUUCAAAUUGGCCUUUAUGCAUUAUUUAACAGACUCUAUGGAAUGUACCCAUGGAAUUUCCUCACAUAUCUCCGCCAACAGUACAGUGCCAAGGAAAAUUUAUCUGUCUUCAGUCACACCAUCAAACCAAUGCUUGACACUGUUAAAGUUCAUCCUCUCUUGAUCACAGCUUCCAAAGAUUCAGAAGUGGCUCCAGCAAGAUGGAAGAAAAUGGAAGCGAAUGAUGUGAUAAUGGAAUGUGCCAAGUUUUCAAUUGAAUCUGGGUCUGAAAAAUGGAAAGAUGAUUGUUCAUUCAGAGCAAGGACAGCAUCAUUCCGCUCAAGGCAUAAUUUAGAUUUCUCAAAGAGUAUAUUCGAUACAAGUAAAAGUGGUGUAGAUUUAGGAAAUAAGACUGUUCCAAUUAUUGGAAAUUUCAGUAUAAAUUUACCAGAUGGGGGUGAAGUUUGGAGUCCAACAGUUUAUGCAACGACUUCAGCUAUUGAAUCUACCCCUACAUCGAUAACUCACACCCCUGCACAAAAUUUUCUUGGGUCUUCAAAUUACUCCUCCCAGGAAGGAAACUCGCCUCCUGAAGCUGCUAUCGAAGCCACGCCCGAGUCCACUCCAGUCAAGGACCUGCGACAAUCUGUGAUAAGACCUUCAUCCACAGUUGCUCGCUCUUUAAGCUCUUUCAGCGCUCAGUCUCAACCAUCUUCCCCCAUGAAAAAAGAGUCUUCUCCUUUUCGGUUUCCCCCUUCGACCACUCCUACGCCAGCAGGUGUACAAGAGCAGGCUUUGCCGUCAGCUUUUCAAAUAUCAUCAUCAAAGCCAAAAGACAAUAUUUCACCCAAAGUCCAAAGGAUUAUUAGUGAUAGGGAGAAAUGUUUACAGGAGAAAGAAAUGUUAGCAAACCUAAAGCCUAAAACACCGUUAAGUGGAAAUUCUAGUUAUCAGCCAAUUAGUCCUUUGAGAGUUAUUUAUACCCCUUUGUCCUUUGAACGGGCCAAUGAUUCUAGUCCUCAUUUAGCACCUUGUGAGCGAAGUGAAGAAGAUAGAGAAGUGGAAUCUAUGAUGAGAGCCGACCACAAUAACAUUAGUUCAGCGUUAAAAAGAAGUGAUAGUGUUAUCCAUGAUACCAAUGAUGAGGAAGAGUACGGAGAAUGUGUCGAGGCAGGUGAAGUCGGUGGCUGCAACGAAGGCGGCCUUCACAUGCCUGAUCCCCGUUCAAUCAUACAAUUUGCAAGACAAGUCAACAGGCUAAGGUUUCAUAGCCAGUGUCAACCAGACACUUUUCUUCUUGCUCAAAUUGGUGUUAGUAGCGGUAGCAGCCCAAGAGAUGGGGCAACAUUUCUAGACCAAAAAGUGCGACGAGCUGUUUCAUGCCCUGAAAUGAAGAAAGAUACUUCGUUCAGUGGGGCCAUGUCAGAGUUGGGUGCUACGACCACUGUAGAAGAAACUGAUGAAGAUCUAGAAGAUCUGUCUCUAACGAAUUCACUUCAGAAUACAACAAAAUGCAAACAGGACGAAGUAGAGAGAGUAACAGCGUGUACUCAAACCGACGAACCACAGCCGUUAAUUUAUGAGCCUUUGUUCCUCUCAGUCUUUCCACCUAUUGAACAAAUACAACAGCACAGUGCUCCUCCAGAUGUUAUACAUCAACCACCGCUGCGUGAAUCGACGUUAUAUUCACCUAGAACCGCUUUAGAGACUUUUAUUGAAACUACUGUCCGUAGUCUAUGUGAAAGAAAAAAAUCUGGGGUGGACAAUAAUGAGCUCAAAAAUCUUAAACAGCAGUUGGAGCUUGUUAUGCUCCAGUUACAGUUUGAAAAACAUAGAAGAGAAGUACAUGCAGAAAGGAAUAGAAGACUUUUAGGAAAAUCAAGAACAAAUAGAGCACUCGAAGAGCACAAUUCAGCUCUUCGAGAUCAAGUUGCUUUAAUGCAAAAGGAAAUAGAAACUUUACACAAUGAAUUGGAACGAAGCAAACGAGACGCAAAGCAUAGCCGUGAUGAAUUACAGGGGACACUUAAUUACUGGCAAGAACAGACUGGUACUCUCCAAAGAAAACUAAAAGAAACUCAAGGGCAAAUUUGUUUAUUAGAAAAACAGUUGGAGGAGGAGAAAAAAGAAAUAAUAUUUUUAAAUGGGGUUUGUACAAAGUCAAGGGCUGAACUGUUUGAAUUACGCAAUACAUUGGCAGGUGCAACGGCUGCGGCAACAGCAUGGAAAGAAAUGAAAGGAGAGCUUGCCACGUUGCAACACCACUUAGUAGCCGCUGGUGAACUUGAAUCACGAUUAAGGGCGACGAUUUCAACGUUGACAUUAAAGUGUCAUAAGAAUGCAGAAGCACUGAUGGCUACUCGCUCUUAUUCGUACAAUUUGGCUGAGCUUCAAAAAUCGUUGAAGAUGUCUGAUUCCACCGCUGAAGCUGCUAGAGCUAAAAUAAACGAAGUAAAUUUAUUCAUCGAGGAGCAUAAGAAUCAAAGCCAAAAGCAAGAACAGUUACACGAUUCUGUCGUAGCCAAUUAUUCUGAACAAUUGAAGCAAUCGGAAGAAAAUUGUAAAAAACUUAGGAGCAUGUAUAACAAACAAGAGGAAUACAUUCUUGAGCUAUAUCAGAAAAUUGAAAUUUUAGAAGCAAAGUGUAGUAAGCUUUCUAAAACUAAGACUUCAAGCCAAACGUGCGAUGUUGCUCAACAAAGUUCACCACCACUCAGCAACUCUUUAAACUCAAAUUCUAUUUCAGAAACAGCCGAGACGCCACAAAUCCAAAAUCUUCAGCUUCUAGUCGACAGAAAUGAACCUGGCCAUUCCUAAGAUAAUUCUUCGUUUCUGUGACCUUAUCGUUCACCACAUCUUUUUGCAAACAUCGUUUGUUUUAAAAAGAUGGUUAAAACUAAGUUGACUAUCGUGUCUUCUUCAUAAUUUAUUUGUGUUGUAAUUUUGGCAGUGAUUUUUUGUUGUUGUUGCCAUUUUGAAUAUUAUGCUAACAUUUUAUUUUUGUUUUAAAAUUAAAUAAAACACAAGUGCAAGUAAUGGUGUCUAGUGAAGUGUAACUGAUGUAAAACAGAAAUUCUGCUCCUCUUAGUGAAGAUAAUCAGAAUUGUGACUUCAUACACAAUCUGUUUCAAGAGCAAGAAAAUGGUUUAUUGUUCCUUUAUUAAAGUUGUACAUUAACUUCUACUUUUGAUUCCAUUACCGCGUUUCAUUGCUGAUUCAGUGUACAUAAAACAAUGCAACAUUUCUUUUCGUUGGUGUAAGUUCAUAAUAGUUGUAAUAUCAAAUAUUUAUUGCAAAGUAAACAAUGAAAACAAUGUUACAUAAUUGAGGCAUAUAGUCAAUAUUGUUCUAUUGUUCAUUGUCAGUCACAACGGUGAAAUCAAAUUUUUUCGUGUCAUACAUUUUUUAUUAUAGUUACACUUUCUAUUGUGGUUUUCUUACUUCAAACAACAAAAAAAGAUCAAGUUCAAAACCUUAUUUGCAUUGUGGAUAAGGUAGUUUCUAGUUUAAACUGAUAUAACGUUCACUAUUAUGGUUUAGAAUAAGUUUUAUACUCAAUGGGAAAACUCAACAAAAUGGAAUUUUGUCUACUUUUCCUUUGUCACAUCCACUUUUUUAAAGGUUAUAAAACUGGUGGAUAAUAGCAAUAAAAAAAGUUCAAAUUUAAAAUUUACCAAAAGGUUUAGUAUCAAAAGUUGCUCUGUAGUUGAGCUUGAAAAUUUUAACCCACAAUUAAUAACAAGCUCUUGUUUUCUAAAUAGAAGCUAGUCUUUCCAUCUCUUUUGGUCAUUUACUAAUGAAAACUUGCUCUAUUUUGGACACAGCUAUCAUUCUUACAGUACAAAUUAUAAAAAUUGUAAUUAUACCUUGUUCACUUAAACACUAGCUAUUAUUUAAUGUCAGCUACAUUCUUUAAAGAGGUUUUAUUGUACCUAGGAAUAAAAUAUGCCCCUUCUCUUAAAUCUGUCUAAAUGCCCUUUUUGACAAGUUCAGAGUGCACCGUGGAUUCUCUGGAUUAAUAGGGAGUUUAGGAAGCCUUGUAAUUUUAUUUCACACCGUCCAAACUUUUUAAAUUAAGAAUAUACUAAAUAAGUAAGAAAAUAAAUUUGAAAUAAUUCUUUUUGUAGGAAAAUGAUUGGAAUGUAUAAAAAAAGGAAGUAGAUUGCUCAUGAAAGUAAAUAAAAUUUAUAAUGAUUGGGAGGCAUACUUUUGUUAUUAUUCACCAGUGUUUAACUUGUGUUGCUUAAAUUUUGUUAAAUCUUCUGGGAAAAAAAAGGAAAGAAAAAAUCCAUCGAUGUAAUAAAAUUCUACGUAUGUUUUGAAGGUAUGAAUCUGCAUGCAGGUAAUAUUCUGUAUUCUUGUAAAACAACUGGUUGAGCCAUCAAUUUUUAGGUAUCAGUUCUCAUUUUUAAAUUUAAAAAAAUGUAUAGCUCUUCAGUGUAGUUCAUUUAACAAUGGUUAGAAUAAAAUAUCAAGACAAGUAUUUUGAAAUGUAAUGCAUAAUGUGGGGUUCGAUUGUCAAGGAAGAGUGUAAAACUGCUUUAAAUUAACGGUAAAAAUGUUAGAAACGGAAGAAACAUACGAUGUUAUUUAAUUUUUAUAAAUACUGUCACAAGCUUCUGAUUUACAACUGGAUUAUAUCCCAUAUAAUAUAGUGUCCAUUGUUUAGAAUUACAAAUAGUGGGAUGUGACAAUUUUUGGGACGUUUAUUUCUACCCAAGUGAAGAAGCUACAUUCAGAUUGGUUUGUACAUAGUUUUUGUUGAAUAUUAAAAUUUAUAUUGUGAUAAUCAGUAAUGAAUGGAUAUGUAAAUUGAUAUGUGGUUUGUAAGAACACUAUAUUUUUUAUGAAAUAAAAUUGUAAUUAUGUGAUGUUUA